UACGGCACUUCCGUUCAGGUCCGUUUGUUGUCACUCGCCCCGCGUCGUGGGCUUCAGGCAUGGGGUCCGCCAGCCUGGCCAGGCUGCACGGGCUCUUCGCGGCCUACAAACCCCCUGGGUUGAAGUGGGAGCACCUGCGGGAUACCGUGGAGCUGCAGCUUCUGAAGGGUCUCAACGCAGGGGCACCCCGGCCCGCCCCCCAACAGCGUGUCCGUUUCCUGCUGGGUCCCGUGGAGGGCAGCGAAGAGAAGGAGCUGACCCUCACGGCCACCAGUGUGCCCUCUCUCGCCAACCACCCGCUGGUCUGUGGACCAGCCUUCACCAGCCUGAAGAUCGGCGUGGGCCACCGGCUGGACCCCCAGGCUUCGGGGGUGCUCGUGCUCGGCGUGGGACGAGGAUGCGGGCUCCUCACGGACCUGUACGAUGCUCACGUCACCAGGGACUACACCGUGCGCGGUGUCCUGGGCAAGGCCACCGACGACUUCAGUGAGGACGGGCGGCUGCUGGAGCGCACGACGUACGACCACGUGACCAGAGAGAAGCUGGACCGGAUCCUGGCCAUGGUCCAAGGCUCCCACCAGAAGGCCCUGGUGAGGUACUCCAACGUGGACCUGCAGACGCAGGAGGCCUACGAGAUGGCCGUGCGGGGCCUCCUCCGGCCCCUUACCCCGUCCCCGAUGCUGGUGACCGGCAUCCGCUGCCUCCACUUUGCGCCCCCCGAGUUCCUCUUAGAGGUGCAGUGCAUGCACGAGACGCAGAGGGAGCUGCGGCGCCUGGUGCACGAGCUGGGCCUGGAGCUGAGGAGCAGCGCCGUGUGCUCACAGGUGAGGCGCACGCGGGACGGCUGCUUCACGCUGGCCCAGGCCCUCCUGCGCGGCCAGUGGGACCUGCGCAGCGUCCAGCAGGCCAUCGAGGACGCUGCCCCCCGGGUGGCCGCGCAGCUCGAGAGCCUGAGGCCCGAGCUGGACACCCAGCAGCCCCGAGAUCCCGACGCGCCCAGGACCCGACGCAGCACGGAGGCGAGAAGGCUCCCGAGCCAGAACUGUGCAGAAAGCGAGACGCGGCGGCGACAGUCUCCUCCCCGGGGCAGGAAGCGCUGAACUCGGCCGGGGGGUCCUGGCACCGCAGGAGGGUGUGGGCCUGGCACGCGGCGGACCCGGGUUCAGUCCGCGGCAUUCCGUAGGGUCCUCCAAGCCUGCCAGGAGGGAUCCCCGAGCACUGAGCCAGGAGUCCACCCUGAGCACUGCGGGGUGUGGCCGCAAACCCAAACCAAACUGCGGCUCAGGCCAGGGAGGUGGCUCCAUGACGGACAGAGCGUGUGCCUCACACAGGCUCUGGGUUCGACUCCUGGCACCACAAACUGACAAAGUCUCCGAGGCCACGAACAUGGACAGACGGCACAGGUCCGAGAGGAGACUUCCUGGGCCCCGAGAACGGGGGCCCGUGGGGGGCUGAGGGCUGUCAGCACACGCCCGGGGAACGAUGACCGAGAAUCACGUGCUCACGGAGCGGAGGACGCCAGGUGGCCAGCAGCCAGGCCCGCCCCUAAUCACGCGACGAGGUGGCGAUGAAGUGAUAACACCGGUGUUAGCAAACCGGGCAUCUGCAGUGUCCAGAAGCAUAAAAGGUGACUACUGCC